AUGCCCAGUCUUAUCUCACGAUUCCUCGAGCGAUUGGGUAUCAAGAAGGAGAACAAGGGAACGAACGCUACGAUGUCGGGCAGCACAGCAGCAUUGCAGGAGUGGCAGGUCAAGGAGCCGUACAUCAAGCUCCACUGUGCGCUGGGUGAGGGGCCGUACUUUGAAAAGGCAACCAACAGCUUGCGCUUCGUGGAUAUCAUCAAGAAGCGCGUACAUACGGUGGACCUGACCAAAGGGCCCGAUUCUUUAUCGACUUUGGAGUUUGACAUUCCGAUUGGCGUCACCGCCGACAUUGAAGGCGUGGAUCCGCAGGACAGGAUUCUGAUAGGGGCCAAGCAUGGGAUGGCCGUGCUACACCGCAAGACCGGCAAAUACGAAUACAUCACCAAGUUCUUUGCCGAGGAGAACGUGCGGAUCCGCGGUAACGACGGCGCGAUUGAUCCUCAUGGCAGAUUCUGGCUUGGAAGCAUGACGGAUUUCGGUCAAGGCCCAGUACUGCCCGAGGGCGCGUUAUGGCUCUUCCAUUCCAAGAAGCCCGGUCAGUCAAUGAAGGCCCCGGUCUCCAUUCCCAACUCUGUCAGCUGGUCUCCUGACAACAAGGUCAUGUAUUUCACGCACUCCUCGUCCAGGGUAAUACACGCCUAUGACUACGCCGCAGAGGACGGCAGCAUCACCAAUGAACGGACAUUCUUCACGUAUGAGGGGCAAGGAGAGCCUGACGGCCAUCGCGUUGAUGCUGAAGGCAACAUGUGGUGCGCUGUGUAUGGGGAUGCUGUUGUAUUGAAAAUCUCACCUCAAGGCAAGCUGGUUGGCAAGAUUCAUAUGCCCACUAAGAACAUUACUUGCGUGGAGUUCGUGGGGACUGAGCUAUUCAUCACGACUGCGGGAAUGGAGGAGGGCCAAGGCACGCCAGAGCAGGUAGACUUCAGUGGUGGAUUGUACAGAAUUGAUGUCGGCGUGAAGGGACUGACUCCUUACGCCUUCAAGCUGAGCGAGUAA